AUGAUUUCCUCACUCAUUUUCUGCUUCAUUGUUGGCGCAGUUUUAGCAGCCGAAGAAGACUCUAGAUCUGCCUACAUCAAAACUCAAGAGAACAAGCGUUUACAUGGCUAUGUUGUCAAGAAAAUCGAUUCUACGGAUGAAAUGUCAUGCAGCCAAGCAUGUUUAAGGCAUUCUUGGUGUACCUCUUCUAACUUCAAAGAGUCCACGGGUAACUGUGAACUGAACAAGCAUGAGUUCUCUACAACUGAUGAUGACACCAAGCUCACUGAUAAUCCAGGCACAACGUUUUCAAUGUUUCUUAAGGUAAGAAAAGUUCUGAAUUUUCAUUGCUUAGACAACAAGGGCGUGCGUGUGCAGACGAGCCCAAUUUCCGCGUGCAAGAAGAAAUAGACUCGUGCACCCAGGCUAAGGCAACAACUGUUAAAGCGAAACUGCGUAAAAAAAUAGAAAUUUGGUAAAACAGUGAAGUUGAGUUGUUGUAAAAGAGCACUAGCUAGCACUCGCAUUUCAGUCAUAUGUUUCGUAUGGGAGCGAGCAUGUUUUCCUUUCCCAAAUUUUUCAGUUCCGCCACAUUAUUAUCGAAGGCGAUGUUUUCUUCCCUAACAAGAGGCUUACAUGUUUUGAAAAUAAAGUUAAGAGAAGUACAGAAUGCAAACAACUAUAAAUGUUAAAAGAAGAGGAACGCAGAACCGGCAAUUUAUGUUCAACAUUAGAUUUGCGUUGUGCCGUUAAAAAUGUCGAGGGAUCAGUCUCUGCAAGCUGUAGGAAGUCGAUGGAAAACGAUAUAUAUCAUUAUUUUAGCUCACCGAAGUAACAUAUGAACAUUUUCCUCAGGGCUGCCUAAUGGCUGGAUGCCUUAACGGAGGUUCUUGUUUGUUCGACGAAGGGAAAGAUGCGUUUGCUUGUUCAUGCAAUCCGCAAUGGAGAGGAGAAAAAUGUGAA